AUGGCAUAUGAUGACCCAAGAGAUGUCAAAGAAGAGACAAUUCUCACAGAGUCAUCAGACGACGAGUUGAUCGAUCUACAGAAGGAAUAUGAGGCUAAGUUGCAGAGAUUAAAGGAGAAAAAGAAGCUAGAGAAGGAGAGGAAGAGAAAUAGACAGAAUGAUCUGGGCGAUGGGACGGUCGAAAUAUCGAGAAGUAGGUCUCCAUCUCCUACACCAGGAAGCAGAAAUACUUCAAGAUUGGGAAUAUGGAAGAAAAACGAAGAAACUUUCACUGUGGACAAAGUGAACCCGAACAUUGCAACCAAAGAGGGUGCGGUGGAAACCCGUAGCGGUAUCACCAAUGGCACUAGGAGUGGUAGUAGCGGUUCUGGAGCCAAUUUUGGCAACGGACUCCGUAGCACGAGUAGCAGCGGAAGCAAAAGCUCGUCUUUUGCGUCUUCAUUCCAGUCUACUUCCAAGGCAGUUAAAUCUGUAGACCCCAUAGACAGAGAGUUCUCGUUCAACGACAUACCUGAGCAGAGAAAUAUACCAGUAGAGGAAGAUUCCAGAGAGUCUCGAGAUCUACAUUCACUGGUGACUUUACGUAAAAGAUACUACACACCUGGCGAAGUUGACAAAUUGUUCUCUGACAAAAAGAUCUUAACUAUAGAGAAGUUCUUUGCUAAGGUGUAUCCUCCUCUAUUUACAGAACCACAGUACCCAAAUUGGGUCCUAGUUGGUACGUUGCUACUGAAAGGAGAAACCAAAUUCACCAAUGAUAGCAAAAAGUCCAAAUAUAUGAAGUUGUCCAUAGGGAACUUUAACAACAUAUCGGUAGAUAUUUUGCUAUUCAAGGAGGCAUACGAAAAGUACUGGAAAUUGAGAGUUGGUGAUGUUAUAGGUAUAUUGAACCCAACUAUCAAGCCAUUCAGAAUGUCCCUAAAUGGCAGUGCUGGAAACACAAACACAAACCAAGAGAAAUCCCCAAGAGGAUUCAAUCUCGUACUUGAUGACUCUUGUGAUUGUAUCAUUGAAAUUGGUAGUGCUAGGUAUUUUGGGUUUUGCAAAUCUAUAAAGAAAGACGGACACAGAUGUCUGACACCAGUAGACACCAAGAAGACAGAAUAUUGUAACUUUCAUCAAGAAUUGGCGAUCAGAAAGACAGGAAGUAAAAGAAUGGAACUUAAUGGGAGCAUUACAAUGAAGUCUCCUUCGAAGAGCGACGGUACCAGGCAGGCUGUGUAUGUGGGAAGCAAGCAACAAAAUAAUAAAAAGAGUACUCCUUUCAGUGGAGGGAUUGUUACUGAUUAUUCUCAAUAUAAAAGUCAACCAGAUCCUAAUUUAUAUUACUCCGGUAAAGCCUUUUUCAAGGACGAAUACACAAAUCCUAAGAUGCUUGAAAACCUAGCAGAGAAAAGGAGGAAGCUUAAAGAUGCCAGAGAGGACGAUGAACUUAUAAAAAAUCUUAAUAACAUCAAAUCAGCAGCAUCUCUCAGGUCACUUGGCCUUUCCAAGCCAAGUUCCAAAACUUCAGACUCUAUAAUAACCUCAAGUUCCAAAAGAAAUGAGAAAAUUGCAUUCAACCCUAACAUUGUCAGCAAGAUAGGUUUCAAUCCUGCAGCAACUUCAACCAUUGCACAUGAAGAAGAAAUUUACAAGAGCCCAACUAAACGACGGAAACUCCUUUCAGAGAAUAUACAGGAACUAUUCGAAUUGAGCAGUCGGAGUAAUCUGAGUAAGAAGCUUACCGCUUCCUUGAGGGAUAAAAUGGACAAGAAGCAGAAGUGGGAUAAGAACAUCAGUGAGUAUCAAAAUUAUUCUAAUAAUUUGAAUUCACGGCUAGAAUCAUCACCAUUCAUUACUAGCGAAAGGACCAUACAAAAGCCAGAUAUGAUAAAUUCAGAUGCAGAUUCAAAUUCAGAUAUCGAAAUCGAGUUUACCAAUGACGCAGAUAGAACGAAAUACACAACGAUGGCAAAUGGUAAAGGAACUAUAGUAAAUGAGAAAUAA